AUGCCAGAAGCCUGGGUUAGGGGUGCUAUCCUCAUCCGCAUGAACUCACUCAUCCGUGGCCACUCUGGUGUACGGUGGGAGCUUAUCGAGAGAAUGGCGUCUCUUCUCCGCGAGAACAUAACACCAAUGGUACCUUUACGAGGCAGCAUAUCCGCUUCCGGAGAUCUUUCGUCCCUCUCUUAUAUCGCCGGCACCCUCAUUGGCAACCCCUCCAUUAGGGUGUUUGAUGGACCAGCUACUUUUGGUUAUCGCCGCGUCGUCUCUUCCCGAAAAGCUCUUGCUGACCACAAUAUCGAUCCUCUUCCCCUUGCAUCAAAAGAGCAUCUUGGUAUCCUCAAUGGCACAGCUUUCUCAGCCUCCGUCGCUUCGCUUGCGUUGAAUGAUGCGGCACAUUUGGCUAUUCUUGCCCAGGUCUGCACUGCAAUGGGUACGGAGGCUCUUCUUGGUACACAAGCCUCAUUCGACCCAUUCAUCCAUCGCGUCGCACGACCUCACCCUGGCCAGAUUGAAGUUGCAGACACAAUUUACGAUCUUUUGCAAGGUAGUACGCUUGCUCAGACCCAUGAAGAAGAACUCACCAUCGAGCAAGACCAGGGCAAGCUUCGCCAAGAUCGUUAUUCGCUCAGAACAGCACCCCAAUUCCUUGGCCCUCAAGUUGAGGACAUCCUUGCUGCCCUCUCUACCGUGACACAAGAAUGCAAUUCCACCACUGACAACCCUCUUGUUGAUGGCGAGACUGGUGCUGUGCACCACGGUGGCAACUUCCAGGCGAUGGCUGUCACGAAUGCCAUGGAGAAGACCCGCCUUUCACUUCAUCACAUUGGAAAACUGCUCUUUGCGCAGUGCACAGAACUUGUGAACCCAACAAUGAAUCGCGGUCUCCCACCGUCACUCGCGGCGACUGAUCCCUCCCUCAAUUACCACGCCAAAGGCAUUGACAUCGCAACUGCCGCAUACGUGGGUGAGCUCGGCCACCUAGCAAACCCGGUUUCGACACAUGUACAGUCUGCGGAGAUGCACAAUCAAUCUGUCAACUCCCUUGCCCUGAUUUCCGCACGUGCAACCAUCAAUGCACUCGAUGUGCUUUCCAUGCUCACAGCCUCCUACCUCUACGUUCUCUGUCAAGCACUCGACCUGCGUGCACUCCAAGCCGAGCUUUACCAAGGCCUCUCUGCCAUUGCCGUGGAAGAACUCACCGCGACUUUUGGAGCGUCGCUCUUGUCGAGCGAUCUGCAAACAGCCUGCGACAGAGUCUGUGACACUAUGCGCGACAAGCUCGAUCAGACCUCUACGAUGGACGGCGUCGACCGUAUGAAAGCCGUCGCAGCCUCUGCCACCAUCCCUCUCGUUGAUAUCCUCUCAGGGGCCACCUCAGGCCUCACUCCCAGCACCGCCGGCGUCCUCUUCUCUUCCAUUCCUCACUUCCGCGCACAAGUCGCGAAGCGCGCUGCAGAGCUGCUGAAGCAGCUUCAACACGACUACCUAUAUGGUGCGAAGGGUGCAGCGCCUGCGAGUGGGUGUUUGAAUCGGACGAAGAGUGUAUAUGAGUUUGUGAGACUGACGCUUGGGAUUCGGAUGCAUGGGAGUGAAAACUUUGGGAUGUUUGGGAACGGGCUUGGAGUGGAGGAUGUGACGCUUGGCCAGAAUAUCUCAUUGAUCCAUGAGGCGAUACGGGACGGGAAGAUGCAGAGCGUUGUCGUUGGGUUGUUUGAAUGAGGUGGGCUGACUUUGCAGCUUUGUGUUUCUCGUUCCCAGCCAUUUUUUUUCACUGCCACGCUGCCAUCUUUCAUUGUAAUUCAUGACUCGACAUACAUUCAUAUUAGAACUCGGAAGGUUGUUCACUUACUCUUACUUAUGCUAUCAUAGAUAAUUUUUUGUUGUAUUUUCCAUGGUGUAGGAAUAGAAAUGAAAAAGCGCGCGCGCAUGUUUUGCGUCUUUUUU